AUGACAGAGACAAGCAUCAAACUCAGUGGGGGCGCGGUGAGGUUCGGUGCCACCUACGGGGGUAACCGGCUCUUUUCGGGAGGCAGGAGCAGCGUAGGCGCAGGGGCGGCAUUGUCAAAGUCACUGGCACUGGGAGGGGGAGCAGGUGCUGGACUUGGCCUCAGAGGGGGUCUCGGGCUGGGGUUGGGCUUGGGUGGCGGUGGCGGUGGCGGUGGCGGCGCCGGAGCUGGGUUGGGCUUGGGAGGAGGGGCACUGGCCCUGGGAGGGGGUCUAGGGCUGGGCCUGGGUGGCGGAGGUGCCUCAGCCGCGAAGAUCGGGGCAUUCCGGGCCGGCGUGGCCCCGCUGAGGGCUCGUCUGGGCAACCGUGUCUUCAAGAUCGGAGGCUACGGCUUCAACCCGUCCUUCAUAGGCUCCACCACCACAGUGGACACAGGCGUCAGCCCUGUCCCCAGCCUCGACCCCUCCCUGCCAUCUGUGGACACGGUCCAGGUCACCCGCCUGAAGGAGAAGGAAGAGCUGCAGGCUCUCAAUGACAAAUUUGCCUCCAUCAUCGACAAGGCCCGGGGACUCGAACAGCAAAAUGCUGUUCUGAAAGCGAAGAUCUCGAUGUUCACCAACCCGGACCAGGGUGGGCCAGCAAGCACAUCCAUCCUCCUCACAUCUGCCAUUGGAACCUACAAGACCCAGAUCGAUAGCCUGAUGUCAACCAAAGAAGCGAUCAUUGCCGAGAUCGAACACUACAAGAGCAUCAUCGAGGACGUCCAAGCCAGGUACGAAGAGGAGACAUCGCAGACCAAAUCUUUGGAAAUUGAUUGGACGACUUUGAAGGAGGAGGUUGACAGUCUCUAUCUGACUAUUUUUGAGCUACAAACCAACAUUGGUGGAUUGGAAGAUCAGAUAGCCCUUUCCAAGCAGGUGUAUGAUGCCAAAGUAAAGGAGGUGAGGAACAUUGUGACCGGGGGUGUGAAGUCAGCCUUCUCCAUCUCGGUGGACAACGCCGCCCAGGCGCAGGACCUGACCACUGCGCUGUCCGAAGUGAAAGCGCACUACGAAGCCCUCGCCCAGCGCAGCAAGCAGGACGCACUCAUGUCUGUCCAGGACAGCAUCUCAGUGAUGUCCAUAUCGACUCAGCCCAGUGCCAGCUCCCUGACCGCCACAAAGGAAGAGCUGCGCAUGUACAAGCUCCAGAUCGACUCAGUGCAGAGGGAGAUCGACAGGCUGAAAUCACUGAAUGUUCAGCUGGAGUCCCAGGUGGAGGAAGCAGAGGCCCAAGCCAGCCAGCACACAGAGACGUAUCAGGAGCAGGUGCUGACUCUCAAGUCUCAGCUUGAUGACAUCAGAAAGCAAAUUGCCCACUACGGCCAGGAAUACCAUGAGCUCCUCGCCAGCAAAAUGUCCCUGGAUGUAGAAAUUACAGCUUACAAGAAACUCCUGGACAGUGAGGAGUCCAGGAUGAAGUCGGGAGGCGGCAUCACAGUGCACAUGUCCAAGACAGCCAUCGGGGGUGGGGCAGGUGGUGGGGGUGGGGCUGGCCUUGCCCUCGCAGCUGGAGGCGGUGGUGGACUCGGCCUUGGCGGAGGGCUCGGCCUUGGCCUCGGUGGUGGUCUGGGAGGUGGCCUAGGAGGCGGUUUUGGAGGUGGUCUUGGAGGUGGUCUUGGAGGUGGUCUUGGAGGCGGUCUUGGAGGCGGUCUUGGAGGCGGUCUUGGAGGCGGUCUUGGAGGUGGUCUUGGAUUGGGAUUGGGAGGAGGGUACGGCUCAUUCGGUGGCAGCAGCAGCUACCUGACCUCCAGUAUGAACAGCAGCACACGCAAAGCCCUACAAGCCCCAACGUGUCCCUAG